AUGCCUGCAUCAAUGCUGCUCACGUCGCUGGUUCUCGCAUUGACCUGCCUGAUCAAUGUACAUGCUCUUUACAGUAAAUCAUCCCCAGUGCUUCAAGUUACGGCAAAAACAUACGACUCUCUGAUUGCACAGUCUAACCAUUCCUCUAUUGUCGAGUUCUACGCCCCGUGGUGUGGACAUUGCCAAAACCUCAAACCUGCAUACGAAAAGGCGGCAAAGAACCUAGCUGGCCUGGCCAAGGUCGCGGCUAUCGACUGUGAUGAUGACGCCAACAAGCCCUUCUGUGGUCAGAUGGGCAUUCAAGGCUUCCCGACCCUAAAGCUCAUCAGACCGGGUUCGAAGCCAGGUCGUCCUAUUGUUGAGGAUUAUAUGGGUCCCAGGUCUACAAAGGGCAUUGUGGAUGCGGUCAAGGACAAAAUUCCAAAUCAUGUCAAGAGACUAUCAGGUGACGGCUUGGACAAAUGGCUGGACGCCGAAGAUGCCCCGGCGAAAGCUAUUGUAUUCACGGAAAAAGGUACAGCCAAUCCAUUACUCAAGAGUUUGGCCAUCGAUUUCCUCGGCAGCAUCGCUUUCGCCCAGGUCCGAGACAAGGCUACUGCUGAAAAGUACGGCGUCCUCGAUUUCCCGGCCAUACGACUGAUCCCUUCCCGUGGGGCUACUCCCAUUUCAUACGACGGCGAGAUCAAUCGAGACUCUUUGGUGAGCUUCUUCAGCCAGAUUGCUCCUCCAAACCCCGACCCUGCACCGAAGAAUUCCAAGCCAGCCAAGCCGUCGAGCAAAAGUUCAAAGUCGAAGGCGUCAUCUUCGGCUUCGGCUGCAUUCUCGAGAGCUUCUGCAGCCCAUAAGUCUUCCGACUUUGAGGAGCAUCUCGCGGGCUCCAGCACGAUCGUUCUUGACGAUGACACUCCUACCGCAUCUCCUCUGCCAAUUGUCGAGGAUUACGAAAAGCCAAUGAUUGUUCCAGAAGCCGUCGCCCCAACCCCUACACUCUCUACUUCUGCGGAAGUAGAGGCUGCCUGUAUGAUGCCGAAAAGCGGUAAUUGCAUCCUGGUGCUCCUUCCCCCAUCCCAAGAGACGCCGUCCCAGCCAGCAACAUCGGCUUUAGCAGGGUUUGCCGAGAUCGCCCACAAAUACAACAGGCGCAAGGCUAGUAUGAUACCUACUUACGCUGUCCCUGCUGAUAACGAAGCUGCGACCGUAGUCAGAAAUGACCUCAGUCUUGGACAAGAGCAACACAUGGAAAUCAUUGCAACCAAUAUGAAGAGGGGCUGGUGGAGGCGAUACUCGAGUGAUUCUUAUGAUGUUCUUGACCUGGAGGCCUUCAUCGAUGCUAUCAAACUCGGAGAAGGUUCCAAGUCAGCAUUGCCCCCUGGCUUUGGUGUAGUGACAGAGAAAUCCUCGGAUCCUGAACCCACAGAGACGGCCGAUGCUACUGAACCUAACGAUUCUGCAGAAGACAGUGGAGAUCACACCAGCCCCGAGCCAGAACAGAGUCCAGCAGCUGAGGAUGGCAGUACCGUUACCAAUGUUGCCGAACCUGAGCCCGAACCUGAGCCCGAACCUGAAGAUAUGCCGAGCGGUGAGCAUGAUGAGCUCUGA